GUGUGAUUAAACUUCUUUUUGUGUCAGUAAGAAACAGGAAGGAAAUACAAUCAUCUGGGAGUCUGCAGCAGCUUCUAAAACAGACCACAGAAACAACAACUAAUAUCUGAGAACAACAGCAACAGGUCGAUCAGCUCUGUGUCUUUCAUUGUAUGUGAAUUUACACAAAGUGAAGAUCAUGAACUCCAGACUCUCAGCGCUGAUCCUGCUGCUGCUCAUUCCAGGCUUUGUAACACUGGACCAGCUCUCUGUGACCUGUAAUCAAAAGAGUAUUUGUGCUGUGAAGGGGACAGAAGUGACACUGAAGUGCUUUUACUCCAACAUCAACAUCAAAACUGUGUUCUGGUUCAGUGAGAAACAAAAUACAAACUGGAGAAAAAACAAUGAACCUGAAGAUUUGACUUUAGACUCAGACUACUCAGGACGAGUGAAACAUCAGAUCUCAAGCAGCUCUUCAACACUCACAAUAUCAGACGUGAGAGAGAGAGACUCUGGAGAAUAUCAGCUCAUGUUCAUCAUGAAUGAUGGAGUUAAACAUCUCAGCUCAGCAGCCGUCAGUCUAACAGUCACAGACCUGCAGGUGAAGAUGAAUCCUGUGUCUACAGACCCGACAGAUAAGAGAACAAAACUGACCUGUGACACUUCCUGCACUUCUGGAGUUUGGUAUUACUGGAUGAAGGAUGGACAGCAUUUCACAUAUACACAGUCCCCAACAUAUUUGUAUCACACAGUAGAAAUGCUGGCAGCUUUUCCUGUUCUCUUUAUUCAGACCAUAGACAUCCUUCCUCUUCUGUGUGUGUUUCUCAGAGUGUCUGCUGGGAUGUGACUUACACCUCUACAAGAGUCUGUGCUUUGGUGAACUCAACAGUAGACAUUUCCUGCACAUACUCACAUCCCUCUGAUCAUACUGUAAAUAAAACAUUCUGGCAUUACGGUCCAUCUUGGGACUUCAAGGAUCUGCGUGAGGAGCAUCAGUUUGCUGGUCGUGUGGAGUAUGUGGGGAACAAACUGAGAAUCAAAGAUCUCAAGAUCAGCGACUCUGGAGAAUAUCAAUUCAGGAUCAUCACUGACUUAGACCAAUACUCUGGAUCACCUGGAGUCAUUCUUACUGUUACAGGUACACAGAUAAACAGCAGCACAUCUGUUGUAUCAGAGAAAGAUAAAGUGAUUUUAAGCUGUUCAACUAAUUGCACUUUGAAAGACAAACAUACUUACAUCUGGUACAAGAACGGACGACAGGUAACAGAUGGAUUCACUAAAGUCAACAAGCUGUACCUGGACUCAGUCAGCAAUGAAGAGCUUCAACAGUAUUCCUGUGCUGUAGGAGAUCCAGUGAACAGCACAGUGUUCAGCCAUUAUACAGUCACUCUGCUGCUGUUUUUACCUCAGUUUCUCAUAAUAGCAGCUCUGUGGAUGUGGUUUUUCUUCAAAAUGCAUCUUAUUUCAAAACCAAACUGAAAACAAAAGUGAAG